GUCAAGACGCGCAGGCGGGCGGAGGAGGCUGGAUCAGAGAGUCCAGCACCUCGACGCUGCGCACGUCAACAAAAAAAACAAACAAAAAGAAAACACUUUAGAGCCACGCCCACACACUUGACCAUUUCUCAUCUCGAUGACCGACAGCUGUCCGCAAAGCUGCUUCACCCAAGAGCCAUGGACAACUUAGCCAGCUCCUCCAGCUGUGAGCCCGCACUGAAAACAGGGUUCGAGAAAAAAAUAUUUGUCAACAGAAGUCUGACUCUUGAAAACAUCAAAUGCUAUGGCUUUGAUAUGGACUACACCUUGGUUGCCUACAAGUCUCCUGACUAUGAAAGCAUGGGCUUUGAGCUACUCAGAGACAGAAUGGUGUCUGUUGGAUACCCGCACGAGAUUCUGCGAUACACGUAUGACCCCAGCUUCCCCACUCGAGGUUUGGUGGUUGACACCAAAUAUGGGAACCUCUUGAAGGUGGAUUCUAACGGCAAUGUGUUGGUGUGCACUCACGGCUUCCGAUUCCUCAGAGGGGAAGACAUCCAGAACUACUACCCCAACAAGUUCAUCCAAAGAGACGAUACAGAGCGUUUCUACAUACUUAACACCCUCUUCAAUCUUUCAGAGACGUACAUCUAUGCCUGCCUGGUAGAUUUCUUCACCAGAUGCAACAGAUAUACAAACCUGCUGAAAGGUUUCCAGCAUGGCGAUUUGUUCAUGUCCUACAGAAGCAUGUUCCAGGACGUUCGAGAUGCCAUGGACUUCAUUCAUGACUCUGGUAUCUUGAAGGAACAAACUAUCAAGAACUUGGAGAAAUACGUUGUCAGAGAUCCAAAUAUUCCUGUGCUUUUAACUCGAAUGAAAGAGGUGGCCAAGGUCUUCCUUGCCACCAACAGUGAUUACAACUACACUGAGGCUAUCAUGAGGUACCUAUUUGAAAGCAAUGUUAAGCCUGGAACUCCAAAACUGCCUUGGCGCUCCUACUUUGACCUUGUUGUCGUGGAUACCAGGAAGCCACUGUUCUUUGGAGAUGGGACCGUGCUGAGACAAGUGGACACUAACACAGGAAAACUGCGCAUUGGGACUUACACCGGCGACCUGCAGCAUGGAACAGUGUACUCUGGAGGUUCUUCAGACACAGUGUGUGAUCUGUUGGGUGUUAAAGGCAAAGACAUCCUUUAUGUUGGCGACCAUAUCUUUGGCGACAUUCUUAAAUCCAAGAAACGGCAGGGAUGGAAGACUUUCCUGGUUGUUCCAGAGCUCACCAAGGAGCUGCAGGUGUGGGAGGAAAAGCAAAACCUCUUCGAAGAACUGAAACGACUGGACGUUUUCUUAGCAGAACUAUACAAGCACCUGGACAGCGGUAGUCGGGGAUGUCCUGACAUUGGAGCAAUUCAGACCAGAAUGAGGGUGCUGACCCACAGAAUGGACAUGUCCUACGGUCAGAUGGGCAGUCUACUGCGCAGCGGCUCUACGCAGACGCUGUUCGCCAGCCAGCUGAUCCGUUACGCAGACCUGUACUCGUCCUCCUGCAUCAAUCUGCUUCACUACCCCUUCAAUUACCUCUUCAUGGCUCCCCCUGUCCUGAUGCCUCACGAAGCUGCUUGUCAAAACUCCGCUGAGGUUGCUUCAACUGAGCUGAGAGUGAAAAACCACGCAGUCGCAACAAACGGAAACUGACUAACAAAAUAAACCGAAGGAGAAAAAAAUAUGUCAACACUUCAUUUAAUUUUUUAUAACCUAAGAGACACAACCGGAGUUUUUUUUUUGAAGAAAGGAUGAAGGUAACUGCGCCUGUGUGGAGAUGAAAGGCUUCUUAAGCGAGUUCUUUACCUCUACAUGGUCAACUUCCGGUCCACAUCUCCACCCCCACAACCUCCUUUGAAAAAAUAUAACUAAACAAUGUCUUUGUGGUGAUUUUAUUAUUGUACGAAUUUAUAAAGAGAAAAUCGUUUAAGUGUGUUUAACAACUAAAGCCUAUUGUUUAAAAAUGUUUCCAAAAAUUUAAAAUUAAAAAACAGAUCGGGGAAAUAACGCUCCUUUACAAGACUCACUGCUCCCUCUGCUGGACAUUAGUUGUUAUGACAUCUAAAUGUUACAAAACAUGUUGCAAUUGGAAUAAAAACAAAAACAAAUCCAGGGUUAAUUUAAAUAGAGUGAACACUUUUAGGAUUGUGAGUAUAAGUUAGAUUCAAGUUGUUCUUUUCAGGAAAUUUUACUUUUUUACUGCUUUAUUAACUCUAUUACUUUUGUUACGGAAUAAAAUAAAUAUCCAUUUUAAUAUAUAAAACAGUUGCGAAAUAUAAAAAAAAAAUCUAAAAGUAAUUGGAAUGCAUUUGUGGUUUUUCGCCAUGCGGGUUCUAGUUGAACUUCAUAAUCAGCCCGCUAGAUGGCACUCAAUCCAUCUGCAGCAAAAUUGAUCAAUGCCUGUUUGAGCAGGAUUAUAUCACAUUUCUUGCAAUAAUAUCAGCCUUACACAUCACUGCGUAAUUUAUUUAUAUUUUUCACAAUAAUGUUAAUUGAUUUCAUGUGAGACUGAAUAAGGCUUGUUGUUUUUUGUUAAGCUGCUCCAUAGAUCCCUGAAACACAUCGUUCUACUUUACACUUAUCGAAGAGGCAAUACAGGUUAAAAUGAGGAGCUUCUGUCCAAAUCUAAAAAACGCUGAUAUGAUCAGUUGUGAUAUUUAUACAAUACAUACAGCAACACAAACACACACGCACAAUUUGGUCUGUCAGGUAAUGAUUCAGCCAGUGCCGCGAACACACACAUGCAUUCCCUGUUCCUAACAGCAUGAUGUCACAGCUCAUGUGAUUGCAUAUUAUAUUUUUACCUUGGAGGAAAUAGUCUUCUCUUCUUGCAGAACUGAGGAGGGACGUUUUCCUGUUGUGCUCCUGCACAAAUGCACGGCUUGUUCACGCAUGGCUCUGUAUUUCUGCGCCUUUUUGCUGGUUUCAGCUUUUUUGCCCUUUCCAGCAUCAGAAUACUAAAAGCAGAAAACAACCAUUCUUUAAGGGAAUGUGAAUAAAUGUGAUGUGAAUGAAUCUUAAUUUAAAAAAAUAAAAGACGACUGAAGCAUAA